AUGCACUUCCUCACUCUCGUUGCUGUCGUUUCCGCUGCUGUUUCCGGCGCGUCCGCCAUCGUCAUCCCCGGCAAGCACGUCCGUCACGCUCGCACGGAGAAGCCUGCCACCUACUACGAGCCUUACCUGGAGCCCUACGACACGUACCACACUCGGUACGAGACUCUCGGUUGCGAGGACAAGCACGACACGCAGUUCUUCGCCGACUGCUGCCACCCUAUGCUGUCGACCGAGACGCUCCAGGGCAACCGCAAGGCUUACUGCAACCCUGCCAACGUCGUCUCUUCCACCGCGGUCUCCUCUACCGCGUCUGCCGCCACCGCCACCGGUACCCAGGUCCUGAGCACUGGUGACGACGAGGACUGCGAUGAUGAGGACGACAGUGGCGAUGACGAAGACGACUGUGACGAUACCGAUGACGAGGACGACGAGGACUGCGACGAGGACGACUCUACCAGCUCUGCCGUCCCUACCUCAACUUCGGUCUCUCACUCUUCGUCGGCGGCCCCCGUGACGUCCACCCACGCCUCCUCGACCAAGGCCGAGACCACCUCCACCAAGGUCGAGGCCACCUCCACCAAGGUUGAAACCACCUCCACCAAGGAUGAGACCACCUCCACCGUGGCGCCCACUACUUCCACCCACAAGGCUUCGCCCACUUCGACCUCAAAGUCGAGCACUGCCACGUCUGGUAGCAGCACCUUCUCUGGAGAUGCCACGUUCUUCUACCAACUCGGCCAAGCGGGUGCCUGUGGAAUCGUUCACCAGGACAGCGACUUCGUCAUUGCCCUGCAGACCGAGCUCUACGGCAACAUCAACGCGAAGUCGUCGAACUGUGGCCGCAAGAUCAAGCUGACCAACACCAAGAACGGAAAGACCGUCGAGGCGGUCGUUGCAGACGCUUGCCCCACUUGCACCCAGGGCCACGAUCUUGAUCUCUCCUUUGGGGCCUUCAUGCAGAUUGCCACCGAGGAGGAGGGCGAGGUUCCCAUCACCUGGCAGUUCAUCUCGUAA